AUGUCUUUUUGCAGUAGCAAGCCCAGGGUUGCAUCGCAGCGUUGUUCUCCUUGGAAGAUGGAUAAAGCAACAAAGGAUUUGAUGAAAUCUCUGGGUAGUAGCCCCAAACUUCCCUGUACCAGUGGUGAGGCUUCAUGCUUGGACUGCAGCCCAAGAAUGAAUUUGUUGCUUCCUGAUAGCUGCAACAAGGAGGCAAAAAAAUACUCAGCCUUUAGACAAAAGACUUACUCUGAUGUCGUCACUCCAGGAGCCUCCAGCAUCUCAGGGGAUGUUUGUGGUGCCCCUCGUAUGUACCAUGCUUUAGUAAAACAGGCGGACCUCGAACAGCACACCCCUAAAGUCACAACCUUCAAGAUGCCUGAGGACUUUGAAGGUGUCCUGGAUGCGCAAGUGACUGGACCAACCACUAAGAACCUCAUCAAGUCAGAUUUCCCAGUAGGGUCAUUUAAGCCCAAAGUGCAGAUUGCCUUCCAAAGGCUUCCAGGGCGGUGCCCUCAGAGGAUUGAAGUAGAGAGGAGAAGAAGGCUAUAUCUCAGCUUCGAUAUUGCUCAGCUCUUGGCCAGUGAGGGGAUAGACUCCAAUCAGCUGAUGCCAAGGCACCAUGAUCCUGAAAAUAUGCCAACUAUUGAGGAGAAAAAAGAUCCUGUCUUUCCUACCUACCUCCCACUAGAGAUAUUUGACAAUGAAGAGUAUGACUGUCGAACACCAGAAGAGUGGAUCUCACUAGGACUGGAGCCAGGAUGUCAUGAUAGAAAGCCAGUGCCUGGAAAAGCACUUUUACCUACAGAUGACAUGCUGGGACAUGAGGACCUCAAAAGCCAGAAGUUAAUCUACAAGUGGAUUGAUGUUGGUGUUCUGGAUUAUGACAAGGAGACAAAGCUUUACUUGGUCCAUAAGACAGAUGAAAAUGGGAUGGUGCGUGAUGAAGAAGGGAGACCCAUCCUCAAUGGAGGAAAAACUCCAGAAGGUGUGUUUCGAAGAGCCCCACUGCUGUCAUGUCAGUACUGGGUGCCACGAGUUUGCUUGCUAUUUCUGGCUGAAGAUCCUCGAGUGUUUGCACAGCGGGUAGUUUCUGCCAACAACUUGCGUAAAAAGACACAGGCACUGAUGCUCUAUCACCUGUAUGUGGACUGCAUGCCCACAGAUGGACUAAAUAGCAUCAGCAAGAAGAGCCUGGGGAGAAUGAAGCUGUGGGCUCUGCAUACUCCCAAAUUGAAGAAGGAGAAGAGAGUGUUAGACUGUAUGGGCUGUCUGGAGAAAGAAGUGAGAUUAGACUAUGAGCGCACCAUGAACAGGAUCAUCUUUGACAAAGUCGUCACUUCCAAACCUCAGACAUUUUCUUAUGUCACCCUGCCAGACAAAGAGGAGAAGAAAGUACCAGAGAAAGGGCUCAUCUGCAUCCCAGACUACCCUUUUGGCAAACAACAAGCAGACUUCAAUUUUGUCUCACUCCUGACCAAGCCAGAAGUUAUCCUUGUCCUUGCACAGGUUCAUGAGGAGUGCAACAAGGCAGCUACUACGUCUCUGUUUAAUUCAACCUUAGCCAAGCAUGUCAGCUUGGAGGAGUUUGAGGAGAUCCAGAUCCAGACCUUCACCCAGGUUCAGACAUUUCUCAAGGAUACUUGGAUCAAUACUCUAAAGACUGCAGUAAAGAGCAGCCUGAGAAAUGCAGGCAAAGGCUGGUACAACCUGGAACAGAGCAAUUGGGAUAUCUACCAGAUGUCCAAACUGCAUAAGCUGAUGAAGCGCAUCAAAUUCAUCAUGCAGGAUUCUGUGCGCAGUCUGGUCCAGAAAUCACUGGUCAGCUUCACUCAGCUUUUUCUGGAUGCUUGCCAUAGUGUCCUGAAUUGCUCAGAGGACAUGGAAUGGGGAGAUGACCUCAUCAAUAGUCCCUACAGGCCUCAAAGGAAUCCAAUCUUUGUAAUAGACCUUGUCCUAGAUGACGGUGGUGUUCAUUUCAGCCCCUCUCUGGAGAGCUUUGAGGAGUCCCUCCUUUCUCUGUUUGACAAGGGAAUACUGGUGACUCACACUGUCCCACAGCUGGAGAAGUAUGUGAUAGAGAACAUACUCGUCACGGGCACACCCUUGCUGGACUCAGUGGGCUUGCAUGAACCAGAAGUGGAAGAACUACGUGAGACUUUGUGGUCUGCCAUUCAAAAGACACUGAUCCUUCUCCAAGCCUAUGCCAGGAAAUACAAGAAGUUCCUAGAGCUCAAUAACAAUGAUAUCCAGUACUUGCUAAAAGACUACCAAGAGCAAUGUCCAUCUGCUCAGGAUGUAAUGACCAUAGUAAACACACACUUGUCUGAAAUGGAGAAUCUGGACAACUCUCUGCCUACUUCUAUCGUCAUUGGUCCCUUCCAUGUCAGCGUAGAAGGUGUUAAGCAAAAUUUGUCCAAAAAAUACAAAGCACUUGCCACUUCCAUGUUGGACUUACUGGCUAAAAAUCUCCAUUUGCAGGUGGAGAAUAUCUGUGAUGCAUACAAAGCCGUCAGCUUGAAGAUGCAUGAGAAACCAAACAGUAUUGAGGAGCUGGCAGAUCUGCGGGAGUGGAUGAAGGGAGUCCCUGAGCAGCUGGCUGUGCAGAAGGAACUGAUUCGUGAAGUCGUGGAAGAUUACAAGGUCCUGGAGGAAUUCCUUUACAAUCUCACCGAAGAAGACUUCAGUCAAAAGUGGACUGCAAGUUACUGGCCCCUGAAAAUAACUAUGCAAGCUGAGUCCAUUCGUCUCCAGCACAUGAAGGAUGAAGACAAAUUUCGCAAAAUCCAGGUCAUGAAUCACAGCAGCUUUCAAGAGAAACUGGAGGAGAUGCAGCUGACUGUAGGUGGAUUUUCUGUUCAGGUGGACAUUAACCAAGCUCACAGUUUGGCUAACGAAGCAAGGCAGGUCAGGAAGGAGUUGAAGGAGCUUCAGAAUUUGGCAGUUCUCUACAACAACAGGGAAAGAAUAUUUGGGAUGAAAGUUACUAAUUACAGUAAGCUAUCCGGGAUGGUUAAGGAGUUCCAGCCAUACUGUGAUCUCUGGACUACAGUGUCAGACUGGAUGCGCUGGCAUGGGAGCUGGAUGAAUGAUCCUCUCAUUGAAAUUGAGGCUGAACAGCUGGAAAAGAAUGUCAAUGACUCUUUUAAGACAAUUCAGAGAUGCGUGAAGCAGUUCAAGGACUCACCAGCAUGCCAGGGUGUAGCAAUGGAAUUCCGAGACAAGAUUGAAGAAUUCAGAUUAUAUAUCCCCUUAAUUCAAGGGCUUCACAACCCUGGUAUGAGAAACCGGCACUGGGAAAUGCUGUCAGAAGCUAUUAACAUUGAUAUCAAGCUAGAACCUGAUCUGACACUUCGUCGCUGCUUGGAUAUGAACCUGCUGGACCAUAUCGAGAGCAUUACCAAAGUAGCUGAGAUAGCUGGCAAGGAAUAUGCCAUCGAGAAUGUACUCAACAAGAUGGAGAAUGAAUGGAGCUCUGUUUCAUUUACUGUGUCACUUUACAAAGACACGGGCACUUUUAUCCUGAAAAACACUGAUGAGGCUUCUCAGCUCCUAGAUGAUCAUAUUGUCAUGAUUCAGAGCAUGUCCUUCUCACCGUUCAAGAAAGCUUUUGAGGAUAGGAUGAACACAUGGGAAAACAAGCUGAAGAUGACACAGGAUGUCCUAGAGGAAUGGCUGAAAUGCCAGUGCUCUUGGCUCUACUUGGAGCCCAUCUUUAGGUCAGAAGACAUCAAAAGACAGCUCCCAGUGGAAAGUGAGCGCUACCAUGCCAUAGAUAUGGACUGGAGGAUCAUCAUGAAGAAUGCUAAUGAAAAUCCUGAGGUGAUGUCUUUGUGCCCUGAUCCUGCACUACUAGAAAACCUGCAAAAAUGUAACAAACUACUAGAACUUGUACAGAAAAGGCUGAGUGAAUACCUGGAGACCAAGAGAGGUGCUUUUCCCAGGUUCUACUUCCUUUCAGAUGAUGAGCUGCUGGAAAUACUGUCUCAGACAAAGGACCCCACUGCUGUACAACCUCACCUCCGCAAAUGCUUUGAGAACAUUGCACAGCUGCAGUUCCAGGAGGACCUACAGAUCACACACAUGUACUCUGCUGAAGGAGAAGAGGUGAAGCUGUUUGCUCCUAUCUAUCCCACUGACAGUGUGGAGGACUGGCUGCUGGAAGUGGAGAAAUCCAUGAAGGCCAGUAUACGGGACAACAUCGAAAGAUCAAUUGGUGUUUAUCCAGAGAUGUCACGUACUACAUGGGUCUUGCAAUGGCCUGGCCAAGUGACCAUUGCUGGCUGUCAGAUUUUCUGGACAAAGGAAGUGUCUGAAGCUCUGGAAGCUGGAGAUUUGUCCAGCAGGCUUUUCCCACAGCUGACUACUCAGCUGGGUGAUUUGGUUGCCGUGGUCCGUGGAAAGUUGUCUAAGAUGCAGCGAGCAGUGUUGUCAGCUCUCAUUGUGAUUGAGGUCCAUGCCAAGGAUGUUGCAGCAAAGCUGAUUGAGGAGAAUGUGACAAGCGUGAAUGAUUUCGAGUGGAUCUCCCAGCUCAGAUACUACUGGACGAGGGGGGACCUGUACAUCAGAGCAGUCAACGCUGAAUUUAUGUAUGGCUAUGAGUAUCUGGGGAAUAGUGGCCGUCUGGUUAUCACACCCCUCACUGACAGGUGUUACCUGACACUUACAGGAGCUCUGCAUCUGAAAUUUGGAGGAGCACCUGCAGGACCAGCAGGAACAGGCAAAACAGAAACAACAAAAGACCUGGGGAAAGCACUAGCAAUCCAAACCGUAGUGUUCAACUGCUCUGACCAGCUUGACUUUAUGGCAAUGGGAAAGUUUUUCAAGGGACUAGCCAGCUCUGGUGCGUGGGCUUGCUUUGAUGAGUUCAACCGCAUUGAUAUUGAGGUGCUGUCUGUGGUGGCUCAGCAGAUCACAACUAUUCAGAAAGCCCAACAGCAGAGGGUAGAUCGUUUCAUGUUUGAAGGCAUGGAGAUCCCACUAGUCCCAUCCUGUGCAGUCUUCAUCACAAUGAACCCAGGGUAUGCUGGACGCACUGAAUUACCUGAUAACCUCAAGGCUCUCUUCCGCCCAGUGGCUAUGAUGGUCCCGGAUUACUCCAUGAUUGCUGAGAUCUCUCUAUAUUCAUUUGGGUUUAAUGAAGCCAAAGUCCUUGCAAAGAAGAUCACUACAACGUUCAAACUAUUGUCAGAGCAGCUCAGUACCCAGGACCACUAUGACUUUGGAAUGAGAGCUGUAAAGACUGUCAUCUCAACAGCUGGCAACCUGAAAAGAGAGAAUCCUACCAUGGAUGAGGAUCUGAUCUGUCUGCGGGCUAUCAGGGAUGCCAACAUACCCAAAUUUCUGCAGGAUGACCUCAAGCUCUUCAAUGGUAUUGUCUCAGAUUUAUUUCCUAAGAUCAAAGAAAAGCCUGUUGAUUAUGGCAUCCUGGAAGAAGCCAUUCGCAAAGCCUGCAUCGAAAAGAAUCUGAAGGAUGUUGACGGUUUUGUGACUAAGUGCAUCCAGCUGUAUGAAACCACUGUGGUUCGUCAUGGCCUUAUGUUAGUGGGGCCCACAGGCUCUGGGAAGACAAAGAGUUAUGAAGUCCUGGCAGCUGCAAUGACAUCACUGCAAGGUCAGCCUGCAGCCAGUGGUGGGAAUUACGAAGCAGUCAGCUACUUUGUACUGAAUCCCAAAUCCAUCACCAUGGGCCAGCUUUAUGGAGAGUUCAACUUGUUAACGCAUGAGUGGACAGAUGGGAUCCUUUCCUCACUCAUUCGGCGGGGAGCCAUGGCUACUGAUGCUCAUAAGAAGUGGUACGUGUUUGACGGGCCAGUUGAUGCUCUGUGGAUUGAGAACAUGAACACAGUACUGGAUGACAAUAAGAAGUUGUGUCUCAGUUCAGGGGAAAUCAUCAAGAUGACAGAGAGCAUGACCAUGAUGUUUGAAGUCCAGGAUUUGGCUGUUGCUUCCCCUGCCACAGUCUCCCGCUGUGGCAUGGUUUACCUGGAACCCAGCAUCCUGGGGCUGGAGCCCUUCACUGAGUGCUGGCUGCAAAAAAUCCCAGGUGUCAUGCAGCCCUUCUCACAGCAGUUGGCAUCCCUCUUCAGGAGAUUCCUCAAGGAAGCCAUUGGCUUUGUCCGGAGAUUUGUGAAGGAGAUAAUUGCCUCAACAGAUGGUAACCUCACAAGAAGCCUUCUCAUGCUGUUGGAAUGUUUGUUUCAGCCUUUCAUUCCUGUUGAGGGAAUUAGGAAGAUUCCCCAGGAGAAGGCAGCUCGUAUCAGAGAGCUGAUUGAGCCCUGGUUUAUAUUUGCCUUGAUCUGGAGCAUAGGUGCUACUGGGGAUUCCCAAGGCCGUGUGGCCUUCAGCAUGUGGCUGAGGGAGAAGAUGGCAAAAGAAAAGAUCCAGUUACUUUUCCCAGAAGAAGGACUGGUUUAUGACUAUAAACUGAAUGAUGCUGGACUUAACAAUGUUGAAGAUGAUCUGGAUGAGGAUGUCAUUAGGGAGGUGUGCUGGGAGAAGUGGCUGGACCCCACAGCAAAGUUCACCAUGGUUCCUGAAACCAACUUUGCUGACAUUAUUGUGCCCACAGUGAACACAGUCCGAAUGGCCCAACUGCUGGGUCUGUUGCUCAUCAACUGUAAGCCGGUUCUCUGCAUUGGUCCCACUGGCACAGGGAAGACUCUCACAAUUACAGACAAACUAUUGAAGAACUUGCCUCUCAAAUACAUCACCCAUUUCCUGAUGUUUUCUGCACGCACCUCUGCCAACCAAACCCAGGAUCUCAUUGAUAGCAAACUGGAUAAGAGGCGGAAGGGUGUGUUUGGGCCUCCAGUUGGGCGGUGCUUCAUAUUUUUCAUUGAUGACUUGAACAUGCCCAUGCCAGAGGCAUACGGUGCUCAGCCACCCAUUGAGCUGCUGCGGCAGUGGUUGGACCACCAGGGCUGGUACGACAGGAAACAAAUUGGUACUUUUAAGAAGCUGGUAGAUAUUAAUUUUGUCUGUGCCAUGGGACCUCCUGGAGGGGGAAGGAAUGCUGUUACUCCACGCCUCACACGUCAUUUCAAUUACCUCUCCUUCACGGAGAUGGAGGACAGCAGCAAGAAGACAAUCUUCUCCACCAUCCUUGGCAGCUGGAUGGCUGGACUCCUAGGAGAAAGAAGUUACAGAGAUCCAGUGUCUGGAGCACCUGCAGUCAAAGACUUGAAUGAGCCCUUGGUUGAUGCCACUAUCUGUGUGUAUUCUACCAUCACAUCCCAGCUGCUGCCCACACCAGCCAAGUCACAUUACACCUUUAACCUGAGGGACCUCUCCAAGGUGUUCCAGGGCAUGCUCAUGGCUGAGUCCAGCAAUAUCGAGGACAAAUCACACCUGCUGCGACUGUGGUACCAUGAGAGCUGUCGGGUCUUCUCUGAUCGCCUGGUCACUAAAGAGGACCAGACCUGGUUUGAUAACCUGAUGAAAAGCAUGAUGGAGGAACUAGGCACCACUUUUGAGGAGGUUGUCCCUUCCCAGCCAGUUCUGUUUGGCGACUUCAUGGAACAAGACGCCCAUAUCAGACUGUACAAAGAAAUCAACAGCCAGGAAAAGCUGAAGAUUGUGAUUGAGGAUUACCUGGAAGAGUACAAUCAAACCCACACCGCAGAGCUGAGGCUGGAGCUGUUCAUGGACGCAGUGCAGCACAUCUGUCGAAUCAGCCGGAUCCUGCGGCAGGCCCCAGGGAAUGCUCUUCUCCUGGGUGUUGGGGGGAGUGGGAGGCAGUCCCUCACCAGGCUGGCAUCUCACAUGGCAGAUUAUGAGUGUUUCCAGAUAGAAUUGUCCAAAAACUACGACAUGACCGAAUGGCGAGAUGACAUGAAGAAGAUCAUGAUGAAAGCAGGCCUUGAAAGUCUACCCAAAACCUUCCUAUUUGUAGACACACAGAUUAAAAUUGAAUCCUUCCUUGAAGAUAUCAACAACCUGCUCAACUCAGGUGACGUUCCCAACAUUUACAGCCCUGACGAUCAAGAACAGAUCAUAACAGCUAUGAAGCCUGUUGUGCGAGAACUAGGGCAGCAGCCCACCAAGGCCAACCUGAUGGCUGCAUACACAGGACGGGUUCGCAGCAAUAUCCACAUGGUUCUGUGCAUGAGCCCUAUUGGAGAAGUCUUCCGUGCACGCUUGAGACAGUUCCCCUCUCUCGUGAACUGCUGUACCAUUGACUGGUUUAAUGAGUGGCCUGCUGAAGCUCUGCAGUGUGUUGCCUCCUCCUUCUUGCAGGAGAUUCCACAUCUUGGUGCCAGCACUGAAGUUGUUAAUGGGAUGAUUCAGAUGUGUGUAGAAAUUCAUCAGAGUGUAGCAAGGAUGUGUCAAGUGUACCUGGUGGAGCUGGCCAGACACAAUUAUGUCACUCCCAAGAGCUACCUUGAUUUCCUCAGCAUCUUCAGUUCCCUGAUUGGAAAGAAGAAACAGGAGCUGAGGACAGCCAGGAAGAAGAUGAGAAGUGGCCUGGACAAGCUCCAGCAAACAGCAGAGGAUGUAGCGAGGAUGCAGGAGGAGCUGGAGUCCGCCCGCCCUCUCCUGGCACAGGCAGCCAAGGACACACUGGCAACUAUGGAACAGCUGCAGGUAGACACAGCUGUGGCCGAAGAGACAAGAAAUGCUGUGCAGGCUGAGGAGACGAAGGCCAAAGAAAAAGCCCAGAAAGCCCAAGCCAUUGCAGACGAUGCUCAGAAGGACCUGGCUGAAGCCCUCCCAGCCCUAGAUGCUGCUCUGGCCAGCCUGAGGAACCUAAACAAAAAUGAUGUUACAGAGGUACGAGCAAUGCAGCGGCCUCCCCUUGGUGUGAAAAUGGUGAUUGAAGCAGUCUGCAUCAUGAAAGAAAUCAAGCCCAAAAAAGUGGCAGGAGAAAAACUGGGCUCCAAGGUGGAUGAUUACUGGGAGCCAGGCAGGGCCCUUCUUCAGGACCCUGGGAAGUUCUUGGAUAGUCUAUUUAAGUAUGAUAAGGACAACAUUGCAGACGCCGUGAUCAGGGCCAUCCAGCCAUACAUUGACAGUAAGGAGUUUCAGCCAGCUGCCAUCGCCAAAGUCUCCAAAGCUUGCACCUCCAUCUGCCAGUGGGUGCGUGCCAUGCACAAGUACCACUUUGUGGCCAAGGUCGUGGAGCCCAAGCGGCGAGCCUGGCGGGAGGCAGAAGAGGACCUGCGUGCCACUCAGCAGGUCCUUGAGGCAGCUAAGGAACGCCUGAGGGAUGUUGAAAGUGGUAUUGCCAUGCUGCAAGCCAAGUACAAGAGUUGCAUAGCCAAGAAGGAGGAGCUGGAGAUGAAGUGUGAGCAGUGUCAGCAGAGACUGGACCGUGCUGAUACGCUUAUAAACAACCUGGCCGAUGAAAAGGUGCGCUGGCAGGACACCGUCGAGAACCUGGAUUACAAGAUCAACAACAUUGCUGGGGAUGUGCUGGUCGCAGCUGGCUUUGUUGCCUACCUGGGCCCCUUCACAGGACACUACCGCAUAGCGCUGUGCAAGGAGUGGCUAAGCCAGCUCUCAGAAAACAACAUUCCUCACACCAAGGAACCAAACCUGAUCAGCACACUUGGAGACCCUGUGGAAAUCCACUCCUGGCAGAUUGCUGGCUUACCCAAUGACACCCUGUCUGUGGAGAACGGGGUAAUAACCCAAUUCUCCCAACGCUGGACUCACUACAUAGAUCCCCAAGGACAAGCAAACAAGUGGAUCAAGAACCUGGAGAAAGUGAACAGCCUGGAGGUGGCCAAGCUGAGCGACCGGGACUUUCUCUGCAGUCUGGAAAAAGCCAUUACUUUUGGGAAGCCUUUCCUGCUGGAGAAUGUCGGUGAGGAGCUGGAUCCAGCCCUCGAGCCCGUCUUGCUGAAACAGACCUACAAACAGCAAGGCAACACAGUGCUGAAGCUGGGGGAUACAGUGAUUCCUUACCAUGAGGAUUUCAAGCUGUACAUCACCACCAACCUGCCAAACCCUCAUUACAGUCCUGAAGUUUCCACAAAGCUCACCCUCAUCAACUUCACCCUCUCGCCCAGUGGCUUAGAAGACCAGCUGCUGGGACAAGUGGUGGCUGAGGAGCGGCCAGACUUAGAAGAGGCUCGAAACCAGCUGAUUGUUAGCAAUGCUGAGAUGCAUCAGGAGCUGAAGGAGAUAGAAGACCAGAUCCUGUAUCGGCUCAGCUCUUCUGAAGGAAACCCUGUAGAUGACUUGGAGCUCAUCAAAGUGCUGGAAGCAUCCAAGCUCAAGGCAGGGGAGAUCCAGGCCAAGGUGAAGGUGGCAGAGCAGACAGAGAAGGACAUCAACGCCACACGCUUGCAGUAUGCGCCUGUCGCUGUCCGCACACAGAUCCUCUACUUCUGUGUCUCAGACCUGUCCAACGUGGACCCCAUGUACCAGUACUCACUGGAGUGGUUCCUCAACAUCUUCCUCGUGGGGAUCAGUAACUCCAAGAGAGCAGAUACCGUGAAGGAGCGAAUCACAAACAUCAACAACUACAUCACCUUCAGUCUGUACAGCAACGUGUGCCGUAGCCUCUUUGAGAAGCACAAGCUCAUGUUUGCCUUCCUGCUUUGUGCACGGAUCCUGAUGAAUGACGGGCAGAUUGAUAUGGAGGAGUGGCGGUACCUGCUGUCAGGGGGAGCCAUAAAGGAGAUGCGGGAGAACCCAGCUCCAGACUGGCUGUGUGAGCGAGCGUGGGGAGACAUCCUGGCCUUGAGCAACCUGAAGAACUUCUCUGGCUUUGCAGAUGACUUUGCAGCUAAUCUUGAAGCGUUCAGGGCCAUUUUUGACAGCCCUGAGCCCCACAGAGAGCCCCUGCCCCAGAAGUGGGAUGCUGGGCUUGAUGCCUUCCAGAGGCUGCUGGUUCUGCGGUGUCUGCGGGGAGAUAAGAUCACCAAUGCCAUGCAGGACUUCGUGGCACUGAACCUGGAUCAAACCUUCAUUGAGCCGCAGACCACUGACCUCUCCAUCGUGUUCAGGGAGUCCAGCGCCACCACCCCGCUCGUGUUUGUGCUGUCCCCAGGCACUGACCCAGCUGCCGACCUUUACAAGUUUGCUGAAGAGAUGAAGUUCUCCAAAAAGCUCUCUGCCAUUUCCCUGGGCCAAGGCCAGGGCCCCCGUGCUGAAGCCAUGAUGCACAGCGCCAUGGAGCAGGGCAACUGGGUUUUCUUCCAGAAUUGCCACCUGGCCCCCAGCUGGAUGCCUUCACUGGAGAGACUCAUCGAAGGCAUUAACCCCAACAAGGUGCAGCAGGACUUCCGCCUCUGGCUCACCAGUCUGCCGAGCAACCGCUUCCCUGUGUCCAUCCUCCAGAAUAGCUCCAAGGUGACCAUUGAGCCCCCCCGUGGGGUCAAGGCCAACCUGCUCAAGUCAUACAGUAGUUUCAGCGAUGACUUCUUGAAUUCCUGCUCCAAGGUCACGGAGUUUAAAUCCUUGCUGCUGUCACUUUGCUUCUUCCACGGGAACAUGCUGGAGAGGAGGAAGUUUGGGCCUCUGGGAUUCAACAUCCCCUAUGAGUUCACAGAUGGAGACCUCCGCAUCUGCAUCAGCCAACUAGAGAUGUUCCUGAGUGAAUACACAGAUAUCCCCUACAAGGUUCUGAAGUACACGGCUGGGGAGAUCAACUACGGCGGCCGCGUGACUGAUGACUGGGACAGGCGUUGCAUCAUGAAUAUUUUGGAAGACUUCUACAAGCCGGAGGUUCUAAUUCCAGAGUUUGCUUAUUCUGAGUCUGGGAUCUACAAACAGAUCAGUACUUCCUCAGACCUCAAUGGGUACCUACAGUACAUCAGAAGCCUGCCGCUCAACGAUAGCCCGGAGCUCUUUGGUUUACAUGAGAACGCCAACAUCACCUUUGCUCAGAAGGAGACCUUUGCCCUGCUGGGGGCCAUAACGCAGCUGCAACCCAAGAUGUUGACACUGGGCGGCCGCAGCAGGGAGGAGCUCGUGGAGGAGACCUCAAGGGACAUCCUGGCAAAGCUGCCUGCCCCCAUGGACUUGCAGGAGGUGAUCCGCAAAUACCCACUGCUCUAUGAGGAGUCCAUGAACACGGUGCUGGUGCAGGAGGUGAUCAGGUACAACGGUCUUCUGGAGGUGAUCGCACAGACACUGAAGGAUUUGCUGAAAGCUCUCAAGGGCCUGGUUGUGAUGUCUUCUCAGCUAGAGCUGAUGGCCAACAGCUUGUACAACAACGCCGUCCCUGCAACAUGGAACACCAAGGCCUACCCAUCACUGAAGCCCUUGGCAUCCUGGGUGAACGACUUGGUGCAGCGGAUUGAAUUCCUGAAGAAAUGGAUCAACCACGGGAUCCCCUCCGUGUUCUGGAUCAGCGGGUUCUUCUUCCCGCAGGCUUUCCUCACAGGGACACUGCAGAACUUCGCCAGGAAGUCUGUUAUCUCCAUCGACACUAUCUCAUUUAGCUUCAAGGUCAUGAAGGAGUCAGCAAGCGAGCUCUCUCGCCCUCCCGCCGAAGGCUGCUACAUCCACGGCUUGUUUCUCGAAGGCGCCCGCUGGGACCCCUCUGCGUUUCAGUUAGCGGAGUCCCGUCCCAAGGAGCUGUACACCGAGAUGGCGGUCCUCUGGCUGCUUCCUGUCCCCAGUCGCAAGCCUCCAGCCACUGGCAUCUACCUGUGCCCCAUUUAUAAGACGCUCACUCGUGCAGGCACACUGUCGACCACAGGCCACUCCACCAACUACGUGAUCGCUGUGGAGCUCCCCACAGACAAGCCACAGCAGCACUGGAUCAAACGGGGCACAGCCUUGAUCUGCUCCCUGGACUUCUAG